CUUUUUAGGGUUUCAUAAUAUAACGCAAGUAUAUAUUUAUAAAUAAUAUCUAUGUCUACAUCUUUCACUAGCAAGCCCAUUCCUUAAUUCACUGCAAAAACCCUCAAGUAGUAAGUAACAUUUUGUCAUUGUAACAUGUGAAAUAUUAUCAUCUUACAAAUUGAAAUGUACAACUUUGAUAAUUCCAUGGAAAAUAAUGUUGCUCCCACUAACUAUGUGCCCUGCUAUUUUUAUUAUUACUACCCUUAUUUGAGAAAUUAUAUAUUCUAACAAUUAGCUACCCAAGAAAAACAAAAAAACAAAAACCCUAAAUUUAUACCCAUAACUUCAAAACACAUUACAUAGCAAAUGUGGAGGUCAAAUAUGAAGGGAGUAAGUAUCAUUGUGGAAGAAGAAGAAGGAGAAGACACAUGGGAGCUAGCACGCGCGUUCGCCGAGGAUACAAGGAGCACCAUGGAUACAAACUGGCCACCAAGGUCAUACACUUGCACUUUUUGUAGGAGAGAAUUCAGAUCAGCACAAGCUCUAGGUGGUCAUAUGAAUGUCCACCGCCGUGACCGUGCUCGUCUCCACCAUCAGUCUACUGUCCAGUCCCAAGCACAAGCCGGCUCCACGGUGAAUAAUUCUAUAAAUAGUCCAACUUCUCUCUUUUAUCAAGCAGCUAAUUGUAGAAGUACUAAUAAUUUUGAGGUUAUGCUGCCUUCUACUAGUAGGUGUACUAAUUAUAUUGGUAUGCAAGUUAAUGAUAUUUCACAAGGGGUUAUUAAGGUUAAUAAUCAUGAGGAAAGAGCGCCCAUUGAAGAACUCGAUCUCGAGCUUCGCUUAGGGCAUAUACCUUUACCAAGACCUUCUGCUUCACAUGAGAAAUUGUUUGAGAAGAAUAGUAAUGUGUCUGUUCUUAACUUUAGAUGAUGAUAUGAUAAUGUUGGAAUUUUCCAAUUUUUUUUUUUUUCCUAAUAAUGAUCAAGAUUGAAGAAUGGUUUAAGUAGUACAUCUAUAAGUUUAUAAAAUCCAUUUCUUGUAAUUAGUUUGAUUAAUGUAUAA